UUUCGUCUCCUCAACUCCAGACCAGACCAGAUCAUUUCCCAUCGCGAGUUUGCUUUUGCGUUGCAUGGUAUUCACCAUUUACAGCUUCGCAUUGCGCAUAUCAUGCUAUUUCUGCCUUGACGACUUCACUGCUCAAUGACCGCCUGGGAGAGAAAGUAAACACCCAUACUAAAAGAUCCCGACUGCAUAUUACCGAGACCACGAUUCACGCCACGCCUACGCCUUAUCCAAAUACACCCUGCAUACGUUUUUUUUCCUUUGCGCAUUCGUUCACAAGCUAGCGCUCUUCCUUCUGUCAUUGCUUGUGUAUAAGCAUUGUUACCCGACCAUCCCCCGCCCCCUCCAGCGACGGCGUUCACGACUUGAACAAGAUGGUCGACACAAGCUACCUUGCGCAGCAGGUCAACAACAGUAUUGGCCAGCUGCACGGUCUCUUCGAUGAGAUCGGUGUUCCUGAUCAUGAGCGCGAAGCUCGUGAGUCCGAGUUAUUCUCAGCACUAUCCGAGGCCCUCAACAGCCAAGUGCGACUCGUCAACUCAGAAAAGAAAGAAAUGGUCGACGAAGCAAAAAAGAUCAUCACCAUCAUCCAUCAGAUGGAGGCCUCCCUCGACGACCAAAAUCGACGCCGUUCUAACGAGGAUGAUGAACUCACCAUCACCUAUCCGUUAACGCGAUGCCUUCAAAAACUAAAGGAGAAGCACACCAUAAUCAGUCGCAUCCACAAGGAGCGCUUCGAACAAGUCAAGAAACUCGUAGUGGCUCUCGAAUCCUACUCCUCACAUCUUGAGCCUACUUUCGUCCAGAUCCCAUUGCCCCCUACAGACCCAGACCAGACCAUUCCUGCCAACUUUGACCUUUCUUCCACUUAUGUUGACAAGCUCGACAGUGAGUUUACACGAGUUUAUGAAGAGUAUUCUCGUCGUAUUGCCACCGUUCAGGCGCUUGCCGACCAGACGAUUGGACUCUGGGCAGAGCUUGGUAUCCCUCAAGCGCAACAAGAUGCUGCCAUCGUCAAGUACUACCGUGAUGCUCCUGAGCAGCUCGGCUUGCAUGAGGAAGACAUCAGCCGACUCCGUGCCAAGCGUGAUAGACUCACAGACGAGAAGAAGAACAGGGAAAAGAAGCUCAACCAACUCAGAGCUGCCGUUGAGGCCCUCUGGAUCAAACUUGGCGUCGAUGAGAGUGAGACCAAGUCAUUCCUUAACGCGAACCGUGGCUGUGGUGUCCGACAGAUUAAUGAGUUCGAAGACGAGCUUAGCCGCUUGAAUGAACUCAAGCGUCAGAACCUCCACCUCUUCGUCGAAGACACCCGCGUCAAGCUUCAAGAACUCUGGGAUGCGCUCUACUUCAGCGAGGAUGAAAUGCUCGAGUUCACCCCUGCCUUUUCCGAUGUCUACAGUGAUGCUCUCCUAGAGGCUCAUGAGCGUGAGGUCGCUCGCCUCGAAGCUCUAAGGGAAGAGCGAGCCCCUAUAUUAGCUUUGAUUGAUAGACGCAAGGCUCUGAUCAAGGAGCGUAAUGACCUCGCUGCCUCAAGUCAAGAUGCGUCAAGACUUAUGGGCCGUGGCCAGAAGGGUGAGAAGCGAGAUCCUGGCAAGUUGCUUCGCGAGGAGAAGAUGCGAAAGCGCAUUGCCAAGGAGCUUCCCAAGAUUACUGCUGAGUUGCGCAGGAUACUUUCCGAUUGGGAAGAGGAAUAUUCACGACCAUUCCUCGUCUGUGGAGAGUGUUACCUGGACGAGAUUGAGGCUGAAGAGGAUUCAAAGAAGAACGCGCUGCCACCGCGAUCCAAGACUCCUGCUGGCCCACCACCAUCAGCUGCCAAGCCAUCCAAGUCAGUACCAAGCCGCAUCAACACCAAGUCUAUUCCUCCUCGAUCAAUGACCAAAACUCCCACAACUGCCGGACCUCCCAAGCGUCCUGGACACCAAACACACGUAUCCACAUCUAGCAUUCCUCUCAGCCCUGUAAGGAGCCCGUCCCGAAUCCCAGCACGAGUUCCCUUGUCGAAUAUGAAGUACGGCAACAACUCUCCCGAACGCCCUCGGGCUGAGUCGUGUGCUGAUAACUACCGACCGGGCCAAUCCAUGAUGAGAGCACCCCCUCCCAAGAUGCGAGACAUCAUGGCUCAGGCUGAAUUUGAACACAACAUGAACCCCUACAAAUCCUCCAACCUUGCUUGCAGCAUUGUGCGUCCAGUUGAGCCUGAGGAUGUUUACGACGACCGUCCACCAACAGCUCGAUCCAACUCCAACCACUCCCAGUACAGCUACCCAAGUAACAGUUCUCAUUUGAGUAGCCACCCAAGCUUCAGCGAGGAGAGCUUCCAAGAUCCGUAUGCGACUAUCCGCUCGCAAGGUUACCGUCCCGCUGCCCCCCCUCCACGACACAUCUCGGGUGAAUCAAUGGCCUCUACCAAUAUCUCAGGAUCUGAGAACUGGGAGACCUAUGAUGAUGACAACAGCGAACCCGAAGUUGAUGUUUCAGAUGCCUAUUAUGCGAGAUUAAGAGCUACUCGAAGCAAACAGUUCUCGCCUGAUCAAGGCCGUCCCAUAAGCAGUCAAUCUAAGCGCAUACGUGGAGUACCACCAGCAGGGUCUUAUAACGGACCAGUAAUGAUUGACCAGGACGGAAACCGCAUCAUUUCUGGCAGCGAGUGGACUGAUGAGGAUGCUUACUGAGUUCCUUGAUUGACCUUUGCCCAAUGUUUUUUAUCUACGAAUGAUGUCAAAACACGAUCGCGCCGUCUGAACUUUGAUGGAUUCACGCAAGCUUUUCAUGAUGAUGCGGGCAUCUCGCGAUGACCUUGAGUGAGCCAACAACAGAGCGUCGCAUAACCAAAAGCCUUUUCGGGCAACAAGCUCGACGCAUGAUUGAAUGCCUCUAUGACAAUGCUCAGCCAGGUGUCUUCUCACACAUCCAGUUCCUUGGACAUGUUUGCCAAUCAGCAUUUUUCAUUUUCUUCUUUUCUUCAUAUCCACUUCCCGCUUUUUCAAGUUACAUCUCGUCGGGCCCGACGCCAUGAAUUUUUGUAUU